GUGUGCUCAAGUGUCGUGCAUGCAUUUUAUGCGUUUCUUUCUCUCUAUCCUUUUCUCUUGCAUGCUCUCUCUCUAUCCUCUUCUCUCUCUCUCUAUCUGACCCAUAAUUUUAAUUUUACAUCGAAAAAUUAAAAACUAAAAACCACCAAAGAAAAAAAAAAAACCUCGUUGCCUUCUUCUUCGCCGUUACAGUCCCCCCCUCUUUCUUCCAAUUCGCCGUCAAAUCCUUUUCUCUUCUUCUUCCCUCCGGUGAUUCCUCAACCUCCUCUGAUCUCUAACGCGACUUGAUUUUGACCACGUCGAUGCAUGUUCAUGACUAGUCUCUCCUCCAAUUUCACGUCGAUUUCACCUCCGAUUCGUGCUUCCUGCUCUGUUAGGGUUUUAAGAUUUGUCUAAUUGAGGGUUCGGAGAAUCGGGUCGGGUCUUGGGAAAAAAAAGGUUCUAUUUUUUUCUCUGCCUGAUGUUUGAAGUCAAAAUGGGGUCAAAGAUGUGCAUGAACGCAUCCUGUGGCUCGACCUCUACUGUUGAAUGGAAGAAAGGUUGGCCUCUUCGAUCCGGUGCUCUCGCUGAUCUCUGUUAUCGUUGCGGAUCCGCUUAUGAGAGUUCUCUUUUCUGCGAAACAUUCCAUAUGGACCAAUCUGGUUGGAGGGAAUGCUAUUUGUGCAGCAAGCGACUUCAUUGUGGAUGCAUUGCUUCUAAGCUCAUGGUCGAGCUUAUGGACUAUGGUGGUGUUGGUUGUACUACUUGUGCUAGCUGCCAUCAACUCAAUUUGAAUAAGAGAAGUGAGAAUCCAGGUCUAUUUAGCAGAUUACCAUUGAAGACGUUAGCAGAGAGGCAACAUAUAAAUGGGGAAAGUGGAAUGAGUAUUGACGGAGGAAGAAACGAAGCUGAUCUCUUUUCUCAGUCCCAAAGAUGCGACUCUCAGCCACUAGUCCCGGGGGUAGAUAAAAGAGAAGACUUCAUGCCUCCUCACCGUGGCUUUGGUAUUCUGAAGUCAGAAAACUCCACUGGGUAUAGGCUGGACGCUGGGGAAAUGCAUGAAUCGUCGCCUUUGCAGCCAUCUUUGAAUAUGGCUUUGGCAGUACAUCCUUAUAGUCCAUCUUUUGCUUCAACCCCUGUCGAGGGAAAGAAACACAUCGGUCCUUCUCAGUCCCACAUUGUUCAAUGCUCUGCGUCUAGUAUACUGCAGAAACCCUCGAAAUCUGUCCUUGGAACUCCUCCUGGAACUAGUAAAUCUGCUCAGGCUCGCAUUGGGAGGCCUCCUGUGGAAGGGAGAGGGAAAGGCCAUUUACUUCCUCGGUAUUGGCCCAAGUAUACUGAUAAAGAGGUUCAACAGAUCUCCGGAAAUUUGAAUUUGAACAUUGUACCUCUUUUUGAGAAAACUCUUAGUGCCAGUGAUGCUGGUCGCAUUGGUCGUCUAGUUCUUCCAAAAGCCUGUGCAGAGGCAUAUUUUCCUCCCAUUAGUCAAUCGGAAGGGAUACCUUUGAAAAUCCAAGAUGUGAGGGGUAAGGAGUGGACUUUCCAGUUCAGAUUCUGGCCCAAUAACAACAGUAGAAUGUAUGUCUUAGAAGGUGUCACUCCCUGCAUACAGUCCAUGAUGCUACUUGCCGGUGAUACAGUAACAUUCAGUCGGGUUGAUCCUGGUGGCAAACUAAUCAUGGGUUCAAGGAAGGCAGCUCAUAAUACCGGAGACAUGCAGGGCUAUGGUCUCACCAAUGGUACUUCAAACGAGGACACAUCAUCGUCUGGUGUUACAGAGAACCCGUCCUCUAUAAAUGCUUCCUCGUGUCCCUCACAAAUACCAGAAGAAUUGAAAGGUCUGCCUGAGAAUUUGAACGGUGGUAGUUGCUCGAAGAAGAGUGAGAUUAAUGGAGGCACGAUGUGUGAUGAUCCACCACGUCCUAAGGACAAGAAGAGGACUCGAACCAUUGGGGCGAAAAACAAGAGACUGCUUUUGCAUAGUGAAGAAUCUAUGGAGCUGAGACUCACAUGGGAAGAAGCUCAGGACUUGCUUCGUCCCGCUCCUAGUGCAAAGCCUACCAUUGUCGUCAUCGAGGAGCAUGAAUUUGAAGAAUUUGACGAACCUCCUGUAUUUGGAAAGAGGACGAUAAUUACUUCAAGACCUUCAGGUGAACAAGAACGAUGGGCAUCUUGCGACGACUGCUCUAAAUGGAGAAGGUUACCUGUAGACGCUCUUCUUUCCGUAAAGUGGACUUGUUCAGACAACGUUUGGGACGUAAGCAGGUGUUCAUGUUCUGCACCGGAGGAAAGUCUGAAGGAACUUGAGAAUGUUCUUAGAGCAGGGAAAGAUUGCAAGAAGAGAAGAAUUGGGGUAAGCCAGACAGCAAAAACUGGGCAAGAACCGUCUGGUCUGGAUGCACUAGCGAGUGCAGCAGUCUUAGGAGACGCUUUAGGCGAGCCAGAGGUUGCGACCACGACCAGGCAUCCAAGGCACAGGGUUGGAUGCUCUUGCAUUGUGUGCAUUCAGCCGCCAAGUGGGAAAGGUAGGCACAAGCCCAACUGUGGCUGCAACGUGUGCAGCACAGUGAGGAGAAGGUUCAAAACACUGAUGAUGAGGAGGAAGAAGAAGCAGUUAGAGCGCGACGGACCAGCAGCAGCAGCAGCAGAAGACCAGGAGAACGCGGAAGCGAAACAGGGCGACUCUGAUAAGAGUAAGGCAGAGGAGGAAGUGAAAACAGGGAGGAUAGAUCUGAACAGUGAUCCAUAUAACAGAGAAGACAUUGAAGCUGUGGCGGUGGAGAAAGAAGGGAGUGAAGGAAGAGAAGUAGGGCAGUGUUCAGGCGUGGCUCAAGGCGGUGAUGUUUUAGGAGUAACAGAGUUAGUAGGAGAAGCUGAGAAAAUCAGUGAAGAGCCGAAAGGUUCAAGCUGAUAUAUGGAAAACAGUACAAGAAGAUACUUAUCUGAAGAUGUCCUCUAAAACAACACCAAGAGGAGAAGAAGAAGAGAGUGAGAGAGGUACAGUUUUGUGUUUUGACUGUGUCAUAGUUUUAGGCAGAAAUAAGCUUCUGGUUCAAAAGAACAACAAUGGGCCAUCUUUAUGCUAUUUUUUUUUCUUGGUUUUUAUGUUUUGUGGGUGAGUUUGGGUUUAGGGUUUUAGUUUGUCUCCAUUAAUAUGGGUUUUUGUAGAAGGCAAAAUGGAGCGUUGGUGUUUGGUGAUGAAACAAACAAUUGAUUUUUUUUUUUUUCAACUGCUCAUGGAAAGCAUUAGGUUUAAAAAUCAAAAUUAAGAUC